UAUGUUAGUGAUUCAGAAUAAUUAUCCAGGCUGUCCUAGCUCUUCUCUGUGAUGGAAGGGGAAACAUCAUGGGUCAGUCAUUGCCUUGAUGACAGUACAAAGAAUGUUGGUGAGUAUAAUUCAUUUUCAGAACUUAGUGAUGAAGGUAAUAAAGAAGUUCCAGCAGUAUCCAUGGAUUUGAUCUUGCCUGAUGACUUGUUAGAACGAAUUCUAGCUUAUCUCCCCAUUGCAAGCAUUUUUAGGGCAGGUUGUGUGUGUAAAAGGUGGCAUGAUAUAGUAAGUUCAGAAAGAUUCUUGUGGAACUUGUCACUUCUCCUGACACAAAAGCCUUGGUAUUUUAUGUUUACAAGCUCCGAUGAACCAACUGGUUAUGCCUAUGAUCCUAUCCUUCGAAAAUGGUAUGGCAUUGAAUUUCCCUGCUUUCAGACACCAAAUUGGCUUACUGCUUCAUCAUAUGGCCUUGUUUGUUUCAUGGACAACGAUAGUCAAAGAGAGCUAUAUGUCUGUAACCCAAUUACUAAAGGUUGCAAGCGGCUUGUGGAGCCUCCAGGCCUGAAAUCUUCUGAUUUCAGUGCACUGGCAAUCUCGGUAAGCCAGAUAUCUCGCAAUUACAAUGUGUCAAUUGUGAAAUCUAAGCAAGUGCCUGGAAACUUCUUUCAGUGGGAUCUCUCAAUUCAUGUUUAUGACUCUGAAACAAUGAUGUGGGCAACCCCUUUAACAGAGGUUUUGACAGGGUGGAGAGGUGGUGAGGAGAGUGUGAUCUGUGAUGGGGUUUUGUACUUCUUAAUUUACUCUACUGGGGGUGGCAUGCCUGAUAAUCGUCAUGGCCUAGUGGCCUAUAACCUCUCAAGCCGAUUGUCCCAUGGUUUGUUGAAGAGGAGUUUUAUCCGAGUGCCUUGUUCUCUUACUUGUGGCCGUUUGAUGAGCCUCAAGGAGAAGUUGGUGAUGGUUGGGGGGAUUGGUAAACCAGAUUGGCCUGACAUAAUUAAGGGGAUUGGCAUUUGGGUUCUCAAUGGAAAGGAGUGGCAAGAAAUUGCUCGUAUGCCUCAUAAGUAUUUCCAAGGAUUUGGAGAAUUUGAUGAAGUUUUUGCUAGCAGCGGUGCUGAUGACCUUAUAUACAUCCAGAGCUAUGGAGCUCCGGCUCUUCUUGUUUUUGACGUUAAACAGAAGCAAUGGAGGUGGUCUCAGAAAUACCCUGUUACAAAGAGGUUUCCGCUUCAGCUCUUUAAUGGUUUUUGCUUUGAACCCAGGCUUGAAUUUACUCCUUAAUUCAGUCUCUCAUUGGUUUCAUAUCUGUUGUAAUGAAAAUAUUCAUCCCAACUUCCCACAAUUUUUUGUGUUUUCACCUACAUAUCAAUUGCUGUGAUUUCUGUGUUCUGCUUAAAGGUUUAUACGAAAUGUACCAGCCAACGAGGCUGCUAAUUCAUGAAAUGGGAAAUAUAUUGUUAGGAAGCAAAUACAAUUAAG